CAAUGCAUUAGCUCAUCAAUCAUAAUUCAGUAUUCACCGAGAAUUGUUGGAAUGAAGCUUUUACUCGUCUUUUGUGUGGCCACCGUUGUGGUGGCCUUAUGCUAUGCUGGUGAGCCUGAACGUCCGGCAAGGCAGAAGCGUGCCCCCGAACUGAGGGGUAGUGACGGAGCCCCUGGAGCACCUGGCAAGCCCGGCCAUAAUGGUGGGGGUGGUGGCAAUGGAGGUGGUGGAGGCAAUGGAGGUGGUGGGGGCAAUGGAGGUGGCGGCGGCAAUGGAGGUGGCGGUGGUAAUGGUGGAGGUGGCGGUAAUGGCGGUGGUGGCAAUGGAGGUGAUGGUGGCAAAGGGGGUGAUGAUGGUGCGCCCGGAGCACCCGGUGCCCCAGGCCACUAAAUCUGAUUGCGAAAAUAAAGUUGUUUCUGUGUUAUAAAUUGUUA